GCUAUCUCCGAGGUCAUUAAUGAAUGGUGGUUCAACAGCUCAAAGUCACUUGGUGCUAGGCAUAUCCAUCAUUUUGGUGACUCUAUGCCAGACUCAAUGAUUGCUUUGGCAUGCACAAUAAUAUUCUAUGCAAUUCAGGAAUACAGUUCCGGGUUCUGGGUUGACAGUGUGUUCCACGAGUGUCAAUGGCAGUCUAUCUACUUUGGUCACAUCGAGAGCUUGAAGUUGCUGAAGGACACCUCCACUUCUGAGGCCCCUCUGUAUAACUGGCUCAAGUCAGAUCUAAUGGAGGAUGCAAGACGCUCUGCUGGGAUCAUCGGCAGUGAGAAGACACAGUCUGAGUCCAUAUCCUUGGCGGCAUUCCAGGCAGAGAUUGCAGCCUACGAAUGCAGCUAUGAUGAAUUUGGUGGUGAGCCCGCUGACGAUGCACAGACUGAUUAUGGCGACUUCGAGGAUGAAGAUGAUCAGAUACCUAACAACCAUGGAGAUAAUGACAGUACUAGUAGCAAUGAUGAAGAGGUGGAUGAUGGCGAGGAGGAAGAGGAUGAAGAGGACGAUGCUGAGGAGGAGGAGGAGGAGGAUGCCGACGAGCAGGUUGAUGCCGAUGUAGAGGAGCUUGACAUCGAUGAAGAUGCCGCUGUGUAGUAAGGUUUAAAAUUGGUAUUUCAAAAGGCCAGCUAUCGUAGUAUAAUACUGUAGCCACCAAAUGAUAUGAUAUAUUCAUUGCUGCUCAGUAUCAGGUGUGACAUAUCUGGGCCAACCAAUCUUGCAUUAGUGAGGAAAGGACUGUCUAGUGGCGCAAAAGAGUGUAAUAGCAUGCUAUAUGUAGAUAUGAUCUC